AUGGCAUAUAUUUUGUUGUAUGUUGAUGAUAUUAUUCUUACAGCAUCUUCGGAUCGAUUAAGAAGGCAUUUUAUGGCUCUCUUGAGUGCCGAGUUCGCUACGAAGGAUCUAUGUCCUCUAAGCUUCUUUUUGGGAAUUGCUGUCUCCCGCAAUGCUAGUGGUAUGAUCUUGUCUCAGAAACAGUAUGCCACGGAGAUCAUUAAAAGAGCUUGCAUGGCUAACGAUGCUUCUUAUCCUACUCCUGUUGACACCAAACCAAAACUUAGUGCCUCAAAGGAUUCACCUUAUGAGGAUCCCACUAAGUAUCGGAGUCUUGCUGAUGCUUUACAAUAUCUCACUUUCACUAGACUUGACAUUUCUUAUGGCACAUUGUAUUGCGCUACUUUCAGGGCACAUUGUCUCAUGGACUACACGUGUGACAACUUGAUCUCUUGGUCGUCUAAAAGACAACCAACUUUGUCUCAUUCUAGUGCUGAGGCUAAAUAUCGUGGAGUUGCUAACGUGGUUUCAGAUUCUUGUAAUCCGGUACAGCAUCAGCGUACUAGGCAUAUUGAAAUGGACAUUCAUUUUGUUAGGGAAAAAGUUGCUAAAGGCGAAGCACGAGUAUACUACAAGGUUGGCCUAAUAUAA